AUGGCCUCCAAGCUCAAGGAGCGGAGGAGGACGCCGGUUUCCCACAAAGUGAUUGAGAAGCGGAGAAGGGACCGCAUCAACCGCUGCCUCACCGAGCUGGGGAAGACGGUGCCCAUGGCUCUGGCCAAGCAGAGCUCGGGGAAGCUGGAGAAAGCGGAGAUCCUGGAGAUGACGGUGCAGUACCUGCGGGCCCUGCACUCGGCGGACUUUCCCCGCGGCCGGGAGAAGGCAGAGCUGCUCUCCGAGUUCGCCAACUACUUCCACUACGGCUACCACGAGUGCAUGAAGAACCUGGUCCACUACCUGACGACGGUGGAGAGGAUGGAGACCAAAGACACCAAGUACGCCCGCAUCCUGGCCUUUCUCCAGUCCAAAGCACGCUUCGUUACUGAGCCUCUCUUCACCUCCCUGGGCUCCCUCCCGGAGCCGGACUUUUCCUACCAGCUGCAUCCUGGGCCCGAGUGCCCCGGGCACGUCCACAGUCCCGCCGAGGGCGUUCUCCAGCCGCCCUCGGGGGGUGCAUUCCCCUGGCACGGCGCCGCCCGCAGUCCCUCCCUGCCCUACCACUUGCCCAGCGCCGCCGUACCCCUCGCCAGUCCCGGCCAGCAGCGCAGCACCUUCCUCUCCUCCGUGCAGGGGCUGGACCGCCACUACCUCAACCUCCUCGGCCAUUCCCACCCCAACGCCUUCGGGCUGCCCCCGGGCCAGCACCCCUCCAUGCUAUAG